GCCUCCACCCUGCGGAUGGAGCUGCUCGGCCGCUCCGGGAAGAGCCGGAAGCCCCCCAAGCUCCGGGCCCUGUCGCGCUCGCUGGUGCUCUGCCAUGCCAGGCCCAGGGACGAGGGCUCAAGUCCUGAGGAGAGGGGUGCGGGGCCCCCAGAGGCCUCCCCAGGCCGGGAGGGCCUCUUCCACUCCGCGGCCCAGCUGGCCGACACGUCGGAGGCCGGGCGGGGCCCGGGGCCGGGAGUGGCUCUGGCCGCGGAGAGCGACCGCGGCGGGAGCAGCAGGAACACGUGUGUCACGAAGGAAACUUCCGCAGCCUUCUCUGGAGGAUCGUCUGGAAGACUAGAGCUGCAGAGCGCCCCCUUCCUGCCCCCCAAGGCCGGCCAGCCCAGGACGCGCAGCAACUCCACCAGCGUCAGCCCCUGCAGCCCAGCAGACACGGAUUUCCCAACGAGCAGGGAGCGUGUGGCUCCUGCAGACCGGCACCCCUACACCCUGUGCAGCGCCAGAAAGUCCCUCUCUCAGCAGCUGGACAGUCCAGCAGGCAGAGCUGGGGGCGUCUCGAGACCCACACGGUCGCUGAGCUCGGCGCAGCUGGGGCAGCCGGCGGGGGGCCCCCAGGCCUCCAUCAUCUCCAGCGUCGUGCUAAUGAAGGGCCAGGCCAAGGGCCUGGGCUUCAGCAUCGUCGGGGGGAAGGACAGCAUCUACGGUCCCAUCGGCAUCUAUGUCAAGACCAUCUUCGCGGGGGGCGCUGCGGCGGCGGACGGCCGGCUGCAGGAAGGUGAUGAAAUUCUGGAACUCAACGGAGAGUCGAUGGCUGGACUGACCCAUCAGGACGCUCUGCAGAAAUUCAAGCAAGCCAAAAAGGGGCUCCUCACCCUGACCGUGCGCACCCGGCUGACGGCCCCGCCCUCGCUGGGCAGCUCCCUGUCACCCCCGCUGUGCCGCUCAGUGAGCUCGGGCACCUGUGCCCCCAAGGACAGCCCCCCGGCCCCUGCCAGCCCGGUGCCCGCCCGGCAGCCCCAGCCUAACCGCAGGGUCCUGGUGGAGAUCUCGCUGGAGAAAGAGGCCGGUGUGGGCCUGGGCAUAGGCCUGUGCAGCGUCCCCUACUUCCAGUGCAUCUCCGGCAUCUUCGUGCACACCCUCGCCCCGGGCUCCGUGGCACACCUGGACGGGCGGCUCCGGUGUGGUGACGAGAUCGUGGAGAUCAACGCGUCCCCCGUGCACUGCCUGACGCUCAACCAGGCCUACGGCGUGCUGAGCCACUGCGCCCCCGGGCCCGUCCCCAUCAUCGUCAGCCGGCACCCGGAUGCACAGGUCUCCGAGCAGCAGCUCCAGGAGGCCGUGGCCCAGGCCGUGGAGCAGGUGAGGCUGGGAAAGGACCGGCCCCCGCGGGGCCUGGAAGGUGUCAAAAGACUGGACAGCAGCUGGCAUGGGCGGCCGGCCCUGGUGACGGAGAGAGAGAAGAGCUGGGCGCCCCCUCACCGCAGGGCCCAGAGGGCCAUGGCCCGCUCCAGCAGCGACAGCAGCUACCUGUCAGGGUCCCCUGGGGGCAGCCCCUGCAGCGGCGGGGAGCAGCCGCCCUCGGACCUGGACGUCCAUGUGCUAGGCACUAGCCUGCCCCUAGGGCAGGAGCGCGGGCAGCAGCCCCCUACGAUGCCCAGGGGGUCGUCCAGGCUGCCCCCCGACAGCCCGCCUCCCCCCGCCAGCCAGGACGGCCCGCCCCCGCUGAGGCUAAAGAAGUCCUUUGAGAUUCUGGUGAGAAAACCCACGUCCUCCAAGCCCAAGCCUCCACCCCGGAAGUACUUCAAGUGCGACAGCGACCCUCAGAAGGGCCCGGAAGAGACAGACACUCCCCCGGGCCCUCUGGGCGCUCCCAGGAAGCCAGCGAGCCUUCACCGCCCUUGUGGGAGGCACAGAAGCUGCUGGAAGGAGUGUGGGUUCCAGCCAGGAGCAGAGGGCCACAGCCCCCAGAGGUGCCGGGCAACACUUCCGGAGCUGGCGCUGAGCCCCACACAGGCGUCCCCAGCCCGGCCCCUCCUCCGGCGGCAGGCUCGCACGGACCACAGCCUUGACGCCGGCCCCGAAGACCCUUGGGCUCGGAUUUCCGACUGCAUCAAGCACCUGUUCAGCCCCUUCAUGGGGGAGAGCCAGGGCCACACACCGCUGCAGCCCAGUGCCAGCCUGGGAGAAGAGUCUGGGACACAGGCCCUCCGGGAUGGGACUCCGCUGACGCCGGACGCCCUGGGGGGGGCCCCCAACAUCACCAAGUCGACCGAGGGUAGCACGGUGAAGAAGGGCCCCCCCGUGGCACCCAAGCCAGCCUGGUUUCGCCAAAGCUUGAAAGGCUUGAGGAGUAGGGCCACCGAACCCUGGCGGCUCCCCGCCCCGGGCUCCCCAGGCCUGCCAGCCCCCUCCACCAGGGAGCCCCCAGGGCCAACCUCCCGGGCUGCCACCUCCAUCAGGCAGAGGAUCAGCUCCUUCGAAACCUUCGGUGCCUCGCAGCUGCCCGACAGGUGCGCCCAGAGACUCAGCCUCCAGCCCUCCGGCUCCGCAGGGGCAGCGGCCAAGCCCCCCGCACGGGCUCCUGUCCUCUCGAUGCGAGGGGUGCCCCCCGAUGCUGAGCCGCAGCAGCCAGCACAGGAGCUGCAGCCCCCAGGCCCCCCCGCAGACUCGGAGACCAGUGCCCCCCGGGGGACAGGGUCCCCGUCCUUGGGGGUGCAGCUCGGUCAGAAAGCCCUUGCCCCCGACCAGGAGCCCCCCUUGAGGCUGCUCUGUACACAACUGGGGGUGGGCGCGGGGGUCAAGCCACCUGGCCAGCGGGCACGGAGCUUCCCCCUGAGCCGCCCCCAGGCCGCCGAGGCGAAGCCGGAAGAGGAGGGCGGCGGCCUCUACUCCAUCAGCAGCCAGGUGUCCUCGGCCGUCAUGCGCUCCCUGCUGUGCCUCCCCUCCGCCCUCGCGGGGGCCCUCGGCCCACACAGCCCCCCACGUGGGGCCUCUUCGGCCAGCGAAGACCCAGCAGCCCCCCGCGCAGCCUAUUCCCCUUCCCCGGACACAGGCUUCUCGCUCAACCUCUCGGAGCUGCGGGAGUACACGGAGGGCCUCAAGGAGCCCGCAGCGGCCGAGGACCGGGACCCCUGCUCCCCGCUGCCCGGCCAGUCUGUCCUCUCCCUGCUGAGUGCCGAGGAGCUCAAGGAGCUGGUCGAGGAGGUGAAGGGCCUGGAUGAAGCCGCGCUGAAGCAGCUCGACAGCAUCCACGUCACCGUCUUACACAAGGAAGAGGGGGCUGGCCUGGGCUUCAGCUUGGCGGGCGGUGCAGACCUGGAGAGCAAGGUGGUCACGGUCCACAGGGUGUUCCCGAGCGGGCUGGCCUCCCAGGAAGGGACCAUCCAGAAGGGCAGCGAGGUCCUCUCCAUCAACGGCAAGUCCCUGAAGGGGGCCUCGCACAGCGAUGCGCUGGCCACCCUUCGGCAGGCACGGGAGCCCAGGCAGGCUGUGGUGGUCACCCGCAGGCCCUCCGAGGCCGCGCCCGACCCCGCCGCCUCCGCCCCUGCUGCAGCCUCUGCCCCUGCGGCCAGUGACAGUGCCCCAGGACCUGCAGAGGCCGCCAUCCACACGGUGACCCUGGAGAAGACAGCGGCUGGCCUGGGCUUCAGCCUGGAAGGGGGCAGGGGCUCCCUUCAGGGAGACAGGCCUCUCACCAUCCACAGGAUUUUCAAAGGGGCGUCUUCAGAGCAGACGGCGCAGGUCCAGCCCGGGGACCAGAUCCUGCAGCUGGCGGGCACGGCCGUGGGGGGCCUGACGAGGCUGGAGGCCUGGAACAUCAUCAAGUCCCUGCCCGACGGGCCGGUGCAGGUGGUCAUCAGGAGGAGCCUCCCGGCCCCGGGGGCCCCAGCGGCCAGCGCGCCCUAGGCCCAGCUGGACAGAGGGACAGAUACGGAAGCCUGCAGCUCUGCGCGCUGCUGGGCCACAAGGGCUGUGGCUGCCUGGCGGGAGGGCCAGGAGUGCCCCCGGUGAGGGGUGUCUAGAGAGGGGGCACUGUGGGCCGAUGCCGGGGGGCUCACAGGUGGCUCCAGUGCAGUGAAUAAACGGA